CUCCAACCAGAUGAAGCGCAAGAGGGUGGCGAUGGAGCGCCAUGGAAUCACACCCGAGCACACGCAUUCCCAACUCAAUCCAUGCCCCGCUGAGAGCUUGUUCCCCUCCAAUUCACAGCUUCUCUUGGGGUUGUGAGUUGCUGAAACGCGGCGCUACUGCCACUGGGAUUUGGUCGCGAACAUGUUUUGGUUUCGGAGAUAAUGUCGCGAGGUCGGGUGAGGAAUGUUAGGAUUUAGCUCGUAGUGGACAUCGCGUCUUCUCGAAUUGUCAAGUAGGUUUGCGGAUAUGCUGUUCAUGUGCGCGCACCCGGCCUUGCGGCCAUCCGUUUCUUCCUGCUUUCUUACUGGGUCGCUGCAGCUAUGGAGUGGGCGCGGCCUGGCUAUUGAGAGCUUGCUGCGGCGGUCCGCUGGUCGCAGGACCUGCAAGCGCCUGUUGGUAUUUGUGUCGGCGAGCGGACAGGUGGACGAGCCAGAGGAUGGAGAUGGCAAGGGCGAUGAGCAAGUGCAGGAUAUGCUGGUAGGCAUGGUGCGACUCCAGGCUGGGAAAAUGCGUGUUACUGAAUUUGUUGACGAGCGCUCCAAGUUGUUGUCUGACAUUGCCGAUCAAGCCAAGGAGGAGUAUGAUAAAAUCGCUCAAGAUGCCAUGGGGAAGAUGGACGAAGCAAGCUCCAAGAUUAUAAGUAGCGUUGAUGCAGAAGCGCAAGCAAUGGAGGAGGAAUUGGCGUCUGCGAGGGCUCAAAUGGAAGCCGACAGCCGGGAAUUCGACGAAUUUGAGGAGAAUGUUGACAAGGCUCGCAGUGAAGGUUUGUUCUUCAAAAGUUUGUACAGUAAACCUUUAAAGCCAUGGAGCGACCGCACUGCUGACGAGAAAAAGAGCAUCAAAGAGGAGGCAAAGAUUGUCUUCAAUGUUGCUAGGAAGUCUGGAUCGUCUAAAACUCGGAGGUUUUUGUAUGGGGUCCUCAUUUUCUUGUUGAGUUUGUCAUUAGUGGAGGCUGUCUCGAACGGUGAGCAUCCAUGGCCAAAGUUGGCUUUGUAUUCUUUCAUUCUAGUGGCACUUGUAGUUCAGCUAACUUACGAGAGUUUUAUGGCCUCUGAUGGGGGCGACUCAUCACAAAAGUAGGGUAGUCUUAGUUAAUUCUUUCUAGUAUGUAUAGAAAUAGCUUAUCCCCAUCACUCUAGGUCUCAAACGCUUUACUGCUAAGUGUGUCAUUAUGAGAUUAUACAUGUGGUUUCGUACCUCAGCCAUGAAUGAAGUGCUCUAUCUCUAAGUUGCAGUA